UCUGCAGUGGAAUACGCUGUUAUUAGAGGGAAGGUGGGAGCUCUCGGAGUACUGAACGGCGCGUGUGGAGCGAGAUGUGUGUCAGGACUUAAACGCAGCAUCACAAAAAGAAAAAGUACCUCCUGGGUUCUUCGCGCUCCUCAAGCCUCACUCAAAAUCCCCAACAGCCCAAGAAAAAAAGGGAAUAACAUCUGUUUAUCUGCAUAUUUCUAUGUUCAAAAGACAAGAGGAGAAAACACAGAGAUCGACGAAGGACAAAAACAUCUCAGAGGAUGUGGAAUUAGAGAGAACAAACUGUCACUGGAGGACCGAGAGGAAAGUAAAACGUUUCUCACGAAUCCACCAGUGUGGAGUCACCUCACCUGUACCUUCGGAUUAAAGAGCAGGGUCAUGUCCCAGUUGCCAUGCGCAUCACCACGCUGACCUGCCGUCCCGGCCCUUCCCCCCUCCUCUUUCUAUUGGCCCAGCUGCUACUGUGGCUCCUCCUCCCUGGGCUGGAGUUAGUGGGAGCCGCCUCAUCCUGCCCUUCCCUCUGCACCUGCUCCAACCAGGCCAGCCGAGUCAUCUGCACCAGGCAAAACCUGGAGGAGGUGCCUGAAAGCAUAUCAGUCAACACGAGAUACCUCAACCUACAGGAGAACUCCAUACAGGUUAUCAAGUCAGACACUUUCAAGCACUUGAGGCACCUUGAAAUCCUUCAACUCUCCAAGAAUCAGAUACGUCAAAUAGAAGUCGGAGCAUUCAAUGGCCUCCCAAACCUCAACACACUGGAACUCUUUGAUAACCGCCUCACACUGGUGCCGUCACAUGCCUUUGAGUACCUCAGCAAGCUGCGAGAGUUGUGGUUGCGCAACAACCCCAUUGAGACUCUGCCAGGCUAUGCCUUCCACCGGGUACCCUCGCUACGCCGACUGGACCUGGGCGAGCUCAAGAAGUUGGAUUUCAUCUCUGAUGCAGCCUUUGUGGGCCUCAUUAAUCUACGGUACCUGAACCUGGGCAUGUGUGGUUUGAAAGACAUUCCUAAAUUGACUGCCCUUGUGCGUUUGGAAGAACUGGAGCUAUCAGGAAAUCGUCUGGAAAUCAUUCGCCCUGGUUCCUUUCAGGGACUUGUGUCUCUUCGCAAGCUGUGGCUAAUGCACUCACAAGUGUCGGUCAUUGAACGCAAUGCCUUUGAUGACCUGAAGAACCUGGAAGAGCUCAACUUGUCCCACAAUUCCCUUCACUCUCUGCCCCAUGAUCUAUUCACACCUCUUCACCAACUAGAGAGAGUUCAUCUUAACCACAACCCUUGGGUCUGCAACUGUGAUGUACUUUGGCUUAGCUGGUGGUUGAAAGAGACCGUGCCGAGCAACACCACUUGCUGUGCGCGCUGCCAUGCUCCCCCAGGCUUAAAAGGCAAGUACAUUGGAGAGCUUGACCAGAGUCACUUCACCUGCUAUGCGCCCGUCAUUGUGGAGCCACCCACUGACCUCAAUGUCACAGAAGGUAUGGCUGCUGAGUUGAAGUGUCGCACAAGCACAUCCACAACAUCUGUAAACUGGAUAACUCCCAAUGGCACGCUAAUGACCCACGGGUCUUACCGGGUACGGAUAUCUGUUCUGCAUGAUGGCACACUCAACUUCACAAAUGUCACCCUGCGAGACACAGGCCAGUACACCUGCAUGGUCACCAAUGCUGCUGGCAAUACCACUGCUACUGCUGUCCUCAAUGUUACUGCUGCUGAUGCCAGUGUCAACUACACCUACUUUACAACAGUUACUGUGGAAACAGUUGAGGCUGGGGGCGGGAACGAUUAUGCAUUAGUUGCAAUCAAUGAGACCUUUAUUAGGGUUCACCCUGGCCCCACUCCUUCUGACCUGUGGCCAGAUGGAGUUCCUACCACGGAUUCCUCCCUGCCUGCUGGCUGGUCCUCAUCUCCUCGCGCCACUCGACCUACCUUCACUGUGCCAACUGAGCCAGGCUUCUCAGGCCUGGAUGAUGUGAUGAAAACUACAAAGAUCAUCAUUGGCUGCUUUGUAGCCAUUACCUUCAUGGCAGCGGUGAUGCUGGUGGUAUUCUACAAGCUGAGGAAGCAGCACCAGCUGCAUAAACAUCACGGUCCUGCUCGUGCUAUUGAGAUCAUUAAUGUGGAGGAUGAGCUGGGUCCAGGUGCCAGUGGUCGGGGCAGUGGUAUCUCUGGAGGCUCCACUGUGACACAGAGUGGAAGCAGUGGAUUAGGAGGGGGCCAGAGCCUCAGGCUGCACCAUCCAGAAAUAGUCAACUUACCUAACCUGGCUCGAUCGGAACAUCUCAACCACUACUAUAAAACCCAUCACUUCAACAACAACAUGAUGGGUCUGGGCAUGGGUCCAGGCUCUGGUAUGGGCCUCAACAACAACAACAACCCCUCUCCAUGCUCUCAAUCACAGACCAUAUCCUGCUCCCAAGGUCCAACUACCAUUGGUGUGGGAACACCCACAGGGGGCACCCUGCCCUCUCCUGUACCACUUCCCCAGUUGGGCCUACACAGUUCUCUGAAAGGCCUAAAGGGAAAAGGCCAGAAUGAGCCAUUACUUUUUAAGAGUGGCUCAAAGGAAAAUGUGCAAGAGACUCAAAUCUGAGUAAAAGUAAGGUUUCAAGUAAAAAGCAAGAAGAAAGUAGAUAAUAUGUAAAGACAAUAAUACAGAAAGCACCUGUGAAACUGACUAUAUAAGACUGUAACCUACUGUCCCUGUGGACAGGUUUCAGACAAAUGAAGUUUCACAUAACCAAUAUUUUGUGGUAACAGACAGGAGCAGAUAGGAAUAUUGAAGAAGACAGUACACUAGUUUGACCAACAGCAUCUGCACAUAGCUUACUAAAAACCACAAACAUCAAAAUCAUUCAUUAUGUGCAACCUGCUGUGGUCUUUGGCAAAGUCUGAGAUCAAGCUAACCUUUUUCACUCAGUGGACAGCAAUGGACAAAAUACAUGUGCAAUGAGUCCCUCUAGGUUGUAUACAGAUUGCUUCAUAUAUUUUUAGAUGCAUUCAGUGUACAUAUUUGGAGGGAGGCAUAAUAUUGGCCAUUGAACAUGUCGUUAGAAUAGUGUUUGGCACUGGCAGUGAAUAAUAAACAAUGAUUUGUGUGAGUGGUAUAGAACCAGAUUUCCAGGAACUGCUAAAACACAGCAAAAGGGAAUUCGGAGCAGUGCAGUAAUGCUUUCCAGAACAUCAUAACAGCAAAAAAUGUUUUUCACACAGCUCUUUUUUUUUUUUUUUUUUUCUCAUUUUACACUAUACUGGCUACUGUCUUCUUU